AUGGCCAUCGAGGCAGACACAAUGGCUGGCGCUCAGAAUGGCCAGACGAAUGGCGUUACCAACGGCGACGUCGCUGCAAAGUACAAGCUGCCCUCACACUUCAUUGGCGGCUCCCACCUCGACGUUGCCCAGCCCAGCAAGGUGAAGGACUUCGUGGCAGCGCAUGAGGGCCACACCGUCAUUACCAAGGUACUCAUUGCGAAUAACGGCAUUGCUGCUGUCAAGGAAAUCCGGUCGGUGCGGAAAUGGGCCUACGAACAGUUUGGCGAUGAGCGGGCGAUUCAAUUUACCGUCAUGGCCACGCCCGACGACCUCCAGGCUAAUGCCGAGUACAUUCGCAUGGCCGACGAGUAUGUCGAGGUCCCUGGAGGCUCGAACAACAACAACUAUGCCAAUGUCGAGCUCAUUGUCGACGUUGCUGAACGCAUGGACGUCCACGCCGUGUGGGCAGGCUGGGGCCACGCUUCCGAAAACCCAAGGCUUCCCGAAUCGCUCGCCGCGUCUCCCAAAAAGAUUGUCUUCAUCGGUCCUCCGGGUUCGGCCAUGCGAUCUCUGGGUGACAAGAUCUCCUCCACAAUCGUUGCACAACACGCCAAAGUACCCUGUAUCCCGUGGUCCGGCGAAGGCGUCGACGAGGUUAGGGUCGAUGAAAGUGGCAUCGUUACCGUCGAUCCGGAAGUCUACGACCGGGGCUGUGUUCACUCGCCUGAAGAGGGCCUGGCGGCGGCCAAGCGGAUUGGUUUCCCCGUCAUGGUUAAGGCCUCCGAAGGUGGUGGAGGCAAGGGUAUCAGACGGGUGGAUAAGGAAGAGGAUUUCGACCGUCUAUACCGCGCGGCAGCGGCUGAAAUUCCUGGAUCUCCCAUCUUCAUCAUGAAGCUUGCUGGCGAAGCCAGACAUCUGGAAGUCCAGCUUCUGGCGGAUCAGUAUGGCAACAACAUCUCGCUAUUCGGACGUGACUGCUCGGUCCAGCGACGGCACCAGAAGAUCAUUGAGGAGGCCCCCGUCACUGUGGCGAGCCCAACGACUUUCCGGGAGAUGGAGAAGGCCGCCGUGUCCCUCGGAAAGCUCGUAGGUUACGUUAGCGCCGGCACCGUCGAGUAUCUCUACUCUCACAAGGACGACAAGUUCUACUUCCUGGAGCUCAACCCCCGUCUCCAGGUCGAGCAUCCCACGACCGAGAUGGUUACUGGUGUCAACCUCCCUGCCGCUCAGCUCCAGAUUGCCAUGGGUUUGCCCCUGCACCGGAUUAGGGAUAUCCGAUUGCUCUAUGGUGCCGACCCUCACACGGCUACCCCCAUAGACUUUGACUUCUCCAAGGAGGGAAGCUCGCUGAAUCAGAGACGGCCCCUUCCCAAGGGCCACACGACUGCUUGCCGUAUCACAUCCGAGGAUCCCGAUGAGGGUUUCAAGCCCUCUGGCGGCACCAUGCACGAUCUCAACUUCAGGAGUAGCUCAAACGUCUGGGGUUACUUCUCGGUGGGUUCUGCAGGUGGGAUCCACAGCUUCUCUGAUUCGCAGUUUGGCCACAUUUUCGCUUAUGGCGAGAACAGACAAGCGUCGCGGAAACAUAUGGUUGUUGCCCUCAAGGAAAUGAGCAUUCGCGGAGAUUUCAAGACGACCGUCGAGUACCUCAUUAAACUGCUGGAGACGCCCGACUUCGAGGAGAACAAGAUCACGACAGGCUGGCUCGAUGAGCUCAUUUCGAAGAAGUUGACCGCCGAGCGACCGGAGCAAGAUAUCGCCGUGGUCUGCGGUGCUGUUACCAAGGCUCAUGUGCAGAGCGAAAAGGUCUUUGCUGAGUACCGAAACAGCUUGGAGAAGGGCCAGGUUCCGGCCAAGGAUGUUCUCAAGACCGUGUUUGAGGUCGAUUUCAUCUACGAGGGGCAACGGUUCAAGUUCACCGUUACACGGACCAGCUAUGAUACCUAUUUGCUAUUCCUCAACGGAACAAGGUGCUCGGUUGGCGUGAGAGCUCUGGCAGAUGGAGGUCUUCUAAUUCUGCUUGGCGGCAAGUCCCACAAUGUCUAUUGGAAGGACGAGGUCGGUGCCACUCGGGUUUCCAUUGAUGGCAAGACUUGCUUGCUAGAGCAGGAGAACGAUCCCACCCAGCUUCGAACACCCAGUCCGGGUAAGUUGGUGAGGUUCACCGUGGAGAAUGGAGCCCACAUCAAACAGGGGGAGUCGUUUGCCGAAGUCGAAGUCAUGAAGAUGUACAUGCAAUUGACGGCCCAGGAAGACGGCGUUGUAAACUUCAUCAAGCAGCCAGGAGCCACCCUGGAGGCUGGCGAUAUCCUGGGAAUACUUGCUCUGGACGAUCCAUCCAGGGUCAAGUCGGCUACGCCGUACACCGGCCGCCUUCCUGACUACGGCCCACCUCAGAUCAUGGGAACCAAGCCACCGCAGCGGUUCGCUUACCUCUACAAUAUCCUCCAGAAUAUCCUCAUGGGCUUCGACAAUCAACCAAUCAUGUUGGACACGCUCAAGGAGCUGGUAGAGGUCCUUCGCAACCCGGAACUUCCUUACGGAGAGUGGGCCGCUCAGACAUCGGCGCUGCACGCUCGCAUUCCGCAGAGGCUCGACAGCCUUCUGACGCAAAUCGUGGAAAAGUCCCAUCAGAGGCAUCAAGAAUUCCCCGCGAAGCAGUUGAGCAAGGCUUUCCAGCGGUUCUUGGACGAGAACAUGUCCAGGAGCGAGGCGGAAUCCCUGAAGGUGUCCGCGGCACCCAUGAUUGAUGUCAUGAACCGCUACUCGGAAGGACUGAAAGCCCAUGAGUAUUCGGUGAUGAUCAAGAUCUUGGAAGGCUACUGGGAGGUGGAGAAGCUCUUCUCCUCACGCAAUUCUCGCGACGAGGAGGUGAUUCUCAGGCUCCGUGACGAGAACCGCGAGAACAUCCAGAAGGUGCUUCAGAUUGUUCUGUCGCAUGUAAAGGUCAGCGGGAAGAACAAUCUUAUCCUCGCCAUCUUGGACCGCUAUCGGCCCAACAACCCCGGCUUCGAAGAUGUGGCCAAGUACUUCAAGCCCGCGCUGCAGAAAUUGACCGACCUCGAAUCCAGGCAGACAGCCAAGGUCUCUCUCAAGGCGCGCGAGGUGCGUAUCCAGUGCGCGAUGCCAUCACUCGCGGAGCGCAGUAGCCAGAUGGAACUCAUCCUCCGCCAAUCCGUUAUGAACGCUACAUAUGGAGAAAGCGGCAGUGAGCCGGGUGCGCCCAAAUUCGACGUAAUCAAGGAGGUGGUCGAUUCACGGUACACUGUUUUCGAUGUGUUGCCGCAGUUCUUCAUUCACCCGGAACCUUGGGUUGCUAUGGCCGCCUUGGAAGUCUACACCAGACGAGCAUAUCGUGCGUACCAGAUCACGGAUAUCCACCAUCAUGUGAGCCCCGACGGAUACUUCCUUUCGUGGGACUUCUGUUUGCGCAGGGUUCUCGACCACGAAUUCGGCCUUUCCAUCGAGUCCGCCGCACCUUCCACUCCUGGCACUCCUGCAACUGACCGGCCGCCUCGGAUUCAUUCCAUCAGUGAUAUGAGUUAUUUGCAGUCUCGUAUCGAGGGCGAGCCUACGCGAAAGGGUGUCGUUGUCCCCGCGCCGUACAUCGAUGAUGUCGAAAACGUUCUGCCGAUGGCUUUGGAGACAUUCCCCGCUGUCAGCAAGAAUAAGAGCGGCCUGACCCUCAAGGAGAGCUUGCACAACCAGCGUACCCCAGCCCCUGCAAUCAAGUCUCAGGAUGAGCUCACCGGAGUGCUCAACAUUGCGAUCCGCGACGCCGAGAGCUUAGAUGACAAGGAGAUUAUCGACAAGGUCGUAGAAAUUGUCCAGAAGAACAAGGAGGAGUUCAUCGCCCGUCGUAUUCGCCGUGUAACUUUCAUCUGCGGGCAUAAGGAUGGAACUUACCCUGGUUACUAUACCUUCCGAGGUCCUACCUAUACUGAAGAUGAGAGUAUCCGUCACGUUGAACCCGCCCUGGCCUUCCAGCUUGAGCUUAACAGGCUUUCUAAAUUCCACAUCAAGCCCGUCUUCACUGAGAAUCGUAAUAUCCAUAUCUACGAGGCUGUCGGUAAGGGUGCAGAGAGCGAUAAGCGCUACUUCUUGAGGGCCGUGGUUCGGCACGGUCGUCUCAGCGAGAAUAUCCCUACAGCACAAUACAUGAUCUCUGAGACGGACAGGUUGAUGACGGAUAUCCUGGAUGCUCUCGAGAUUGUUGGCACCAACCAGGCCGACAUGAACCACAUCUUCAUCAACUUCUCGCAUGUGUUCCCCCUCAAGCCCCAGCAGGUCCAGGAGGCGAUCUAUGGUUUCCUGGAGCGGUUCGGUCGGCGACUGUGGCGCCUUCGCGUUACCGGUGCCGAAAUCCGAAUCAUCAUCAACGACCAGAACCAGAAUCCCAGCAGGACCUAUCCUCUGCGCGUCGUGAUCCAGAACACCUCUGGCUACGUUAUCAAUGUUGACAUGUACGAAGAGCGCAAGUCUGAGAAGGCUGGCAAGUGGAUCUUCCACGACAUUGGCAGCAACAAGAAGACUGGUCCUCUCCAUCUGCAGCCGGUGUCCACACCAUAUCCUACCAAGGGCGCGCUCCAGCCAAAAAGAUACAAGGCGCACCUCAUGGGUACUCAAUAUGUCUACGACUUUCCGGAGCUUUUCCGCCAGGCUAUCGAGAACAGCUGGAACGCUGCAUCGGCAAAGAAUCCACAAGUGCGCAGCAAGCAGCCUCCAAAGGGCGAGUGCAUCGAAUACUCGGAGCUUGUCCUGGAUGAUAACGACAACAUCGUCGAAAUCAAUCGUGAACCUGGCUCCAACAGCAUUGGCAUGGUAGGAUGGGUUGUCAGAGCAAAGACGCCAGAAUAUGACGCUGGGCGCUCUUUCGUCAUCAUCGCCAACGACAUCACGUUCAAGAUCGGAUCGUUCGGACCUCAGGAGGACAAAUUCUUCCAGAAGUGCUCCGAGUAUGCUCGUGAGCGGGGUAUUCCUCGCAUCUACCUUUCUGCCAACUCCGGUGCGAGAAUAGGCCUUGCUGAAGAACUCAUUCCCCACUUCUCGGUUGCCUGGAAGGAUCCCGAGAAGCCCGAGUCUGGCUUUGAUUACCUCUACCUUACUCCCGAAAAGUACAGGCACUUCGUCGACGGCAAGCGCGAGGAUGUUAUCUGCGAGAAAAUCAACGACGGUGGCGAGGAAAGAUACAAGAUCACCACUAUUGUUGGCGCGGAGGAUGGUCUGGGCGUUGAGUCCCUGCGUGGCUCUGGCUUGAUUGCUGGUGAGACGUCACGCGCUUAUGAGGAUAUCUUCACCAUCACCUUGGUCACUUGCAGAUCUGUUGGUAUCGGUGCGUACCUUGUUCGUCUUGGACAACGUGCGAUUCAGAUCGAGGGCCAGCCCAUCAUCCUCACUGGUGCUCCUGCUAUCAACAAGUUGCUCGGCCGCGAGGUGUACACCAGUAACUUGCAACUCGGCGGUACGCAGAUCAUGUACAGGAACGGCGUCUCACACAUGACUGCGGAAGACGACUUUGAGGGUGUUUCCAAGAUCGUAAAGUGGCUGUCGUAUGUCCCUAACAAGAAGGGCGCUCCGGUUCCUAUUUCGCCUGUUACCGACGAUUGGGACCGCGAUGUCACCUUUUACCCUCCUGCCAAGUCCGGCUACGACGUCAGGCAUCUCAUUGCCGGCAAGCAGGACGAGGAGGGCUUCCAGUCCGGUCUGUUCGACGAAGGAUCCUUCGAGGAGGCGCUUGGCGGUUGGGCGAAGACGGUCGUGGUCGGCCGUGCUCGUCUGGGUGGCAUCCCUGUCGGUGUCAUUGGUGUUGAAACCCGACAGGUCGACAAUGUUACGCCCGCCGACCCCGCCAACCCAAGCUCCACCGAGCAGAUUACAUCUGAGGCUGGUGGUGUGUGGUAUCCCAACUCUGCUUUCAAGACUGCUCAAGCUAUCAACGACUUCAACCAUGGCGAGCAGCUUCCGCUGAUGAUCCUAGCCAACUGGCGUGGUUUCUCUGGUGGCCAGCGGGACAUGUACAACGAGGUGCUCAAGUAUGGUUCGUACAUUGUCGAUGCCUUGGUGGCCUAUGAACAACCCGUCUUCGUCUACAUUCCGCCGCUGGGUGAGCUUCGUGGUGGAUCAUGGGUCGUCGUUGAUCCCACGAUCAACCCUCAAGUCAUGGAGAUGUACGCGGACGAGGAUGCUCGCGGCGGUGUGCUCGAGCCAGAGGGCAUUGUGGGCAUCAAGUUCAGGAAGGACCGACAGCUUGAAACUAUGGCUCGCUUGGACCCAACAUAUGGUGAGCUGAAGCGCCGGCUGAACGACCCGUCGACGCCCCAGGACCAGCUUCAAGGUCUCAAGAAGCAGAUGACGGAGCGCGAACACCGACUCCUCCCUAUCUACGGCCAGAUUGCGCUCCAGUUUGCUGACCUGCACGAUCGGGCUGGCCGUAUGCAAGCCAAGGGUACAAUUCGCAGGUCCCUGCGCUGGCAGAAUGCCCGUCGCUUCUUCUACUGGCGUCUCCGCCGUCGCCUCAACGAGGAGUCGCUGCUCAAGUUGAUAGCGGCUGCGGCCAAUCCCUCUGUCGCCAGCCCCGCCAAGGACCCCCUUAUUCGUGCGAAGGGUCUCGAGGCAUUGAAGGCUUGGUGUGGCCUUCCUCAGUUUGAGAACGAUGACCAGAGUGUUGCGAAAUGGUACGAGGAGAAUCGCGAGCGGGUCAAGGAGCAGGUUGAGAAGAUCAGGCAGCAACGGGUUGCGGACCAAGUCGCGAGUUUGAUCCACGACAAUGGUGCGGCUGGCUGGAGAGGCGUGACCAACCUGCUAUCGACGCUCCCAACCAGUGAGAAGGAGGAGGUUUUGCGCAUGUUGCGCCAGGCGUAG